UGAAGAAAACACGCUUUUAGGUUUAGCAACACAUGUUUGAUGGUGGCCCUGAAAAACACGAUUCUUUCUAGAACCCAGUUCAUAUACGAUAUACUCUCUGUUCUCUUUCCUCUUUUCCCUGCCGUCUCUAUUUGAUUCAACAAGGAAAUAAGUGACAAUGGGUGGAUUGCCGAUACAAACUUCUUCUUCUUCUUCUACAAUAUCGCUGCAACUACAGAAAGUUUCAGGGCCCGAUUCGAAGCCCAAGAAGAAGAUAUGCUGCGCUUGCCCCGACACUAAAAAGCUGAGAGACGAAUGUGUUGUGGAGCACGGUGAAUCUUCUUGUGAAAAAUGGAUCGAGGCUCAUAAAAGAUGUCUUCGUGCAGAGGGCUACAAUAAUUCGAAGCUAGUCUUACUACAAAACUAGUAAUAAACGGACGCGGUUUUAGUUUCGCACCGUUGGUCUGAAUAUAGUUACGAUACUGCGGGUUCUGCUCGUAAAUUUGUUCUGGUUUAAUCAAAUAGUGAAGCUCGUGUUAUUCACAUGGUUAAGGAAAAAUAUUACUUUUCAAAUGCUAAUAAAAAUUUGUCGUCGUCGCUUGCUUGAAUU